AAUAGCGACAGCAGCGGUUGAUAUGGAGUAUCCAUGUUACAAAACCUCUGGAAUGUGAGUCCACCGAAUACUAUCAAGCCGUAACCUAUCAUCGUUUGCGCGUUGUGACUCGAUUCCUGUCCCGGCGGCCAAUCCGAUGACUGCAGCAGACAGCAGUGCAAUGAUACAUGACAGUAUAAAGACCAGCAUCCCGCAACCGCAUGCCGUCCUUGCUUGCGACUUCUUGGGCGGCAGGGGCGGCAGGGGGGGCACCGGUGGCGCCGUCGCUAGCUGGGCAUGUGAGGGAAAUGGAGAUCCAGCCGUCUGGCUACCAGCAAUUGAGGGCGCAGACGGCCCGUACCCGUUACCCCGGCUCUCGGGUUUCGGAAGCGCAUAGUCUUGGUACUGCUGGGGGUGGUACUGGGGGUGGUGCUGGGGGUGGUGUUGGUUCUGGUGCUGCUGUUGCUGUUGCUGUUGCUGUUGCUGGAAUGGCAGUUGGAAAGACUGCUGGAAUGGUUGUUGGUAUGACUGCUGGUAACCAGGCUGGGCCACAACGUGCUCUCGUUGAUAGACAACCUCGGGGAAGUUCUGGGGAGCCGGCUCCAUACCCGUGUCAUACUUGGAAGCCGUCAGCAUGUGCAGUCUGGUGCCAGGAGGCCACUGACCAAGGGAGGGGUUCGCGCGCUCUCCAUUCUUACCAUCGCGGCCAUCGCGUAGCCGUUCGUGUGCGUGGCCGACGUCGAAGGCAGCGGUAGAGACAAGAGCAAGAGCAAUAACAUUAACAGUAACCGGGGAAGAAGAAAACGAGCGACGCCCCGGAGAGGAUUGGGUAGAAGAGAGGUAAGUCUUCGAGACAAUAGGAAGCCAAAUCAAGCGGCACAGCUCAGGCGUAGCUGGCUCAGGUCUGGUCGAGAUAUGACGCCGCCGCCCGUCAGCGUGUGUCACUGCCCUCCUCGCUUGUCAUUCAUUGCCUACCAUUUUUGGUCAACCGUCAGCAGAAUGUCGCAUGAAGUGGGGUAUUCCCCUGUCUCCCUCCCA